UGUGUAGAAGCUACUCUCCAUUUGACUGAAUUGGACUAAACGAGCUGGGCGAAAUUUAGUGGUCGCAGGGAGCGAGGGGCAAUUACAAAAAACUAAGCACUUGUGUUACUGGAUCAAAUGCUCUUCACAAAACUCAUGUGUCAUUGUUUUGUUUUUCUUCCCGCACCAUAAAGUUGCUAUAUACUUUUUUAACUUUUUCUAGAUACGUACUAGUAUACGGAUUUUUCUUCAAAAUACAAGUCCUCUCCCGGGCGAAUACAGUAUCUGGAUCAUCGAAAUACAAAAGGUUUGGUAUUUUCGUGGUGGGUUCCGAUUAAGGCAUAUUCCUUCAGUGUACGUAGCAUGCUUGAAAGCAUCUUAUCAAAGAUCCUCUAACCUUUUCCUCCUUUCUUCUUUCCGUUUUCUAUAUAUAUUCUACACUAUUUCUCACCACCCUGCCUCCAAAUCCUUAUCUAUAUUGAUUUAAUAAUCAAUAAUAGCACGAUAGACAGAUCCUCAAAACUGGAGAUCCCGUGAAUCAAUCAAUUCGCUCCUCCACGUAACAACAUCAAUCAAUCGCCUCCUUCGCACUUCAGUUCUUCAUUUUGGCGCCAAAACCAUGAAGCUCGACAACUCCAACGGCCAGCCGCCCCUCGCUCCCGCCCUUCCGCCGCCGCAGGAGGACCGCACCGACGCCGAAGCCGAUGAGAUAUUCGUUCCGCCCCUCAACUUCGCCAUGGUCGACAACGGCAUUUUUCGGUCUGGCUUUCCCAAUUCUGCUAAUUUCGGUUUCCUGAAAUCGCUCCGUCUUCGUUCCGUAAUAUGUUUGUGUCCUGAACCGUAUCCAGAAACGACGUCGGAAUUUUUGAAGGACAACGGAAUAAGACUUUAUCAGUUCGGGAUCGAUGGCUGUAAGGAACCCUUCGUCAACAUCCCAAACAAUACAAUUCGGGAAGCUUUGAAAGUAGCCCUCGAUGUUAAAAACCAUCCCCUUUUGAUUCACUGUAAACGAGGAAAGGUAUGCAGUAUGAAUUUGUUCUUAAGAGUUUAUUUUCUUUACUAUUUGGAAUUAUUAUUCUUCAAUUGCUCCGUUAUUUACCAUGAUCAGCACCGCACUGGUUGCCUUGUGGGAUGCAUAAGAAGAUUGCAGAGAUGGUGUCUAUCAUCCGUUUUUGACGAGUACCAAAGGUUUGCAGGUGCCAAAGCAAGGGUGUCAGACCAGAGGUUCAUCGAAUUAUUUGAUAUAUCCUGUUUGAAGCACUACCAACUGCCAUUUUCAUGCUCAAGGAAAUAGAAACAAAGGAUUGUCUACUCUAGAAAGUUACUGCUUCCUCCCAUGGAAUAUUUCCAUGAUGAAGUGAAGUUCAAUCACCAUUAGUUUCUUUACACACCGUAUGUUACAGCAGGAUCAGUUCCUGAUGUUUACUUUCCUAUUAGAUGUUGGAUACAAAUCCACCAAAUUAUGAUGAAAUAUCCAAAAGCUACUGUUUUCAUUUGGUUUCGCA